GGCUCCAUCCAAAAAGCAAGAUGAAGGGCCUGCCACAGCCUGGAACUGCACGACUGUCGGGUAAGGGGAGCAUGGCUACACCGAUGUUGUAUCCUGUGCCAACUUAAUGACAGCCAGUCAUCGCUGUGUGGUUGUGGCGUGGCUGACCAUGGACUUCCAAUCUCCUCCUCUGGCGUAAGUCACCAUAGUAUAAGUAUAUGGCCUCCUCGCGGCUCGAGCUGGCUGGAGUCACUCUUUCAUCACUCUCUCUUGUUUCUCCAGGUUCUGCAGCAACCGAGCGAAGAACGACACUAUGUUUUUCCAUCAUCUCCUAGGCCUAGCCUUGGCCGCCGCCCCUCGCGCCUCAGCCGUCGAGCUGACCGGCUAUGAAUACAUCGUCGUUGGCUCCGGCGCGGGUGGCGGUCCCCUCGCCGCCCGGCUGGCCAUGGCCGGCCACAAGACCCUCCUGAUUGAAGCCGGCAACGACCAGGGCAACAACGUCAACGUCACAGUCCCGGCCUACAGCACCCGGGCUACCGAGGACGAGAAGUUGUCCUGGGCCUUUUACGUUCGCCACUACCCCGACGAUGAGCAACAGGCCCGUGACUGGAAGACCAGCUACCGGCUACCGAACGGCACCAUCUACACCGGCCUGUCCCCGCCCGAGGGCGCCGAGAUGCUCGGAACAUUCUACCCCCGCGCCGGCACCCUCGGUGGUUGCACCGCCCACAAUGCCCUCCUUGCCGUCUACCCCUUCCAGUCCGACUUCCAGUACAUCGCCGACUUGACCGGUGACGAAGGCUGGUUGCCGGACAACAUGCGCCAGCACUUCAUCGCCUUGGAGGACAAAAACUACCCUCAAGGUGGUUACUACGGCCACGGCCAGGACGGCUGGCUCUCCAUCGAGAUUCCCACCUUAACCACCCCGGACCCUGAACUUUUGUCUGUAGUCGUCGGCGGCGCUUACGCCCUUGGCAACGCCACCCAAUCGCCCAUCAACCUCACCACCCUCGCAACCAAUGAUCUCAACGCCGACACCAUUGCCCGCGACUAUGAUCCGAGCUACUACGAAGUUCCCAUUAGCACUAGGAACGGCACCCGCAACGGCAGUCGUGACUUUGUCGUCGCCGUGCGCGACGCCCUUAACCCCGACGGCAGCAAGAAGUACCCGCUCGACGUGCGCUUGAACUGUUUCGUCACCAAGAUCACGUUUGAUGAUACCGAUUGCGAUGAGACAGGGGAACCAGUAGCCACAGGCGUCGAAUUCCUCGAUGGCGAAUACCUCUACCGCGCUUCUCCCCUCUCUUCUUCUUCUUCUUCUUCUUCUUCUUCCAAGCACGCGAAGCAUGGAGGUAAGCACCCCAACGGUACACCCGGCUCCGCCAAGGCCUCGCGCGAAGUAAUUAUCUCGGGUGGCACCUACAACUCGCCUCAGAUCCUCAAACUCUCGGGCAUCGGUCCGCAGGACGAGUUAUCCAAGUUCGGCAUUCCCGUCGUUGUCGACUUGCCGGGAGUAGGCGGCAACUUGCAAGACCACUACGAGAUCAGCGUCAACGUCAAGGUGCCCCAGGACUGGACCGUGCUCGAGAAUUGCACGUUCCUGCUGUUCGACAAUACGACCGAUCCGUGCUUGGAUCGGUGGGAGAACCCUGUCAUGGGAGACCGCGGCACUUAUGCCUCCAACGGCGUACCAGUUGUAAUGCUGUACAAGUCUAGCGCGGCGGAGGGCGAUGACUGGGAUUUGUUUACUUUUGGCGGGCCUCUCAACUUUGCUGGUUAUUACCCCGGUUACUCGGUGGACUUGGUUGCCGAGCAUAACUGGUGGACGUGGGCUAUCUUGAAGGCGCACCCGCGCAACAGGGCUGGUACUGUGACGCUUCGCUCUAACGAUCCGUUGGACACUCCCGAGAUUAACUUCAACUACUUUGAGUAUGGAUCGGGCGACUACCAGGCCGAUUUGACGGCGAUGCGCGAAGGUAUUUCUCUUGCGCGCGACGCACUAAGGAGGUCGGGCGUGAGCACGCAGGAGGUUAGGCCUGGGGCGGAUACGCAGAGCGAUGAGGACCUUGAUCAGUAUAUUAUAGAUGACGCGUGGGGUCAUCAUGCGAGUUCGACGUGCCCGAUUGGGCCCGAUGGGGAUCCGAUGGCGGUGUUGGAUAGUAAGUUUAGAGUCAGGGGGGUCAAGGGACUGAGGGUCGUGGAUGCGAGUGUGUAUCCGAGGCUUCCGGGCACAUUUACGCAGCUUAGUACGUACAUGGCGGCGGAGAAGGCGGCGUGUGAUAUAUUGGAAGGGUUGGAAGAUGAAGAAGUAGAUGAUGGUUACUGGAGAGUUUAGCAUGUGUUUCAUCGAGAUCUGGGAACAGGGUCAAGACAAGCACAUGGCAGACAACGGGAAUGUCCCAAAUAGAGUCCAAAUAGGAUCGUACUAUUCCGUGUCUAUUAAUUACCUUCCAGAAGUCGGCACGGUCUAAGCCGUCGUGAUUCGUGAAGUUCUCAUGAAGGCCGUUGAAAAGACUCUGGAAGGUGAGAACGAAACAGAGAGACCAAUGCGGGGGAUUGCGACUCGUCAUGGACGGAGACUAAUUGUGACCGCGC